GAUUUUCAAAAAAUUCUAUGGCGGUCACUGCAGUAAUAUGGUGUCAGAUUCUGUUUGAAAGGGGAGUGGCGUUAGAUAAAAAUUUAAAUGUAAACAAUGGCUGGUGCCUUUCGAAAACUAGUUGGAGAUUUUUCUCGACUAAUGGUAGGACGAUCUCCAGCAUUAGUUCAGCUUCAUUCUCGUUCUUUGUCCAUCAGUCCCUCACUUCUCGACAGUAUCAGAGAUGCUCAUCGAGCAGGAACCAAAAUCUCAGGAGCUGCACAGGAAGUUAUGGAAGGCACGGCAGGCGCUGGUCGAUUUACAACAGUCAGCACACAUGGGUUGGACUCGCGAUUCCCAACGGCAGAGACGAUGAAAACCGAAUUUGAUGGAAUUCCAUAUUGCGACUUGCCGAUUGUUUACAUCAAAGCGACAAAAAAUAACACUCUGGUGACAGUUAUGGAUAAGAAAAAUCACGUGAUUACCUAUACUUCGUGUCGACUGGAAGGUUUCAAGCAUGCACGUAAAAAGACCACGAUCGCCGGACAAACCACUGGUGUCGCGGCUGGGCAGCGAUUAGUGCGAAGAGGCGUGAGAACAGUGAGGGUGCAGGUCAAAGGACUCGGUCCUGGACGAAUGACUUGCGUCAAAGGACUCACAGUAGCUGGUGUACGGGUAGUGAGUAUAACAGACCAUACCCCGCUCAAAGAGCUGGGCCCUCGACCGCGGAAGAUUAGAAGAGUAUAG